GCGGAACUGGCCGGGCGGCGUUAGGCUGGGCGGAAUUGUGCGCGAGGAGGACGCGGCCUCCGCUGACAGGUUGAUGUCACAGUUUCCAUGAGCCUUCUUUUCUCAAAGGCAGACAACUGAAGCUAGCUGGACCAAUGAAGGACGAAUUCACUGAGAUGUCAUAGUGAAGGAGGUGUGACCAUGGUGCAGAGGAAGAAGAGCUGUCCUCGCUUACUUGAUUACCUUGUGAUUAUUGGGGCCAGGCAACCAAGCAGCGAUAGUGUGGCACAAACACCUGAACUACUCCGUCGUUACCCUCUAGAAGACCAUGCUGAUCUCCCACUUCCUCCUGAUGUAGUGUUCUUCUGCCAACCGGAAGGAUGUUUAAGUGUGCGGCAGAAGCGGAUGAGCUUGCGAGAUGAUACUUCCUUUGUCUUCACACUCACAGAUAAAGAUACAGGUGUCACUCGCUAUGGGAUAUGUGUUAACUUCUACCGUUCCUUCCAGAAGCGUGUGCCCAAGGAGAAGGGAGAAGGCAGUGGUGGACAUCGCGUCCGAGAUGGACAGAAAGCCCCCAAAUCUGGGGAUAGUUCCACUACUCAGGAAGAGAGGGGUAAUGAGGGUUCAGAAAGUGGUGUUUCCCUGCAGCCACCAAGCACAGAGUCUGCCCCAGAUGUGAAUCGAUCGCCUCGGAGUAAACGUUCAACAAAAGGCACUCACCGGUCUCGUAACAGUACCCUGACUUCACUUUGCAUCCUUAGUCACUAUCCCUUUUUCUCUACCUUUCGUGAAUGUCUAUAUACCCUGAAGAGGCUAGUGGACUGCUGUAGUGAAAGACUCUUAAGCAAGAAGUUGGCAAUUCCUCGAGGAGUGCAGAGGGAUACAAUGUGGCGGAUUUUCACAGGCUCUCUGCUUGUAGAGGAGAAAUCCAGUGCAUUGCUACAUGAUUUACGUGAAAUCGAGGCCUGGAUUUACCGACUGCUUCGCUCGCCAGUGCCUGUUGCUGGCCAGAAACGUGUGGAUGUGGAAGUCUUACCGCUUGAAAUGCAGCCAGCCUUGACUUUUGCCCUUCCUGAUCCAUCCCGCUUCUCACUUGUGGAUUUCCCUUUGCACCUGCCCUUGGAGCUGUUAGGUGUGGAUGCAUGUUUACAGGUGUUGUCCUGCAUUCUUCUGGAACACAAGGUAGUGCUGCAGUCCCGGGACUAUAAUGCUCUCUCCAUGUCUGUGAUGGCAUUUGUGGCUAUGAUCUAUCCCCUGGAGUACAUGUUCCCAGUGAUUCCACUGCUUCCUACCUGCAUGGCUUCUGCAGAACAGCUACUUCUGGCCCCAACACCCUAUAUCAUUGGUGUCCCAGCCAGCUUCUUCCUUUACAAACUAGACUUUAAAAUGCCAGAUGAUGUAUGGCUAGUUGAUCUGGACACCAAUAAGGUUAUUGUCCCUACAAAUGCUGAAUUAUUGCCUAUUUUGCCAGAGCCAGAAGCUUUAGAAUUGAAAAAGCACCUGAAACAGUGUCUGGUUAGCAUGACUGCAAUCACUCAGCAACAGCUGCUCACGCCUGACAAAAAGGCCUUGGCCAGUAUGAGUUUGAAUACUCAGCCCAUUCUUAACCUAGAGAAGUUUCAUGAAAGUCAGGAGAUCCCACUGCUUCUGGGAAAACCUCAGAAUGAUCUGCAGUCUACACCUUCAACAGAGUUCAACCCCCUGAUCUAUGGCAAUGAUGUAGAUUCAGUGGAUGUGGCCACUAGGGUUGCCAUGGUGAGAUUCUUCAAUUCACCAAAUGUUUUACAAGGAUUCCAGAUGCAUACCCGGACACUUCGCCUCUUCCCUCGGCCCGUGGUUGCAUUUCAGGCCAAUUCCUUCCUGGCUUCACGACCAAAACAGACACAUUUUGCAGAUAAAUUGUCCAAGACGCAGGCAGUGGAAUACUUUGGGGAAUGGUCACUCAAUCCCACUAAUUAUGCUUUCCAAAGAAUUCACAACAAUAUGUUUGACCCAGCUCUAAUUGGUGAUAAGCCAAAGUGGUAUGCUCACCAACUGCAGCCAAUCCAUUACCGUGUCUAUGAUAGCAAUUCUCAGCUGGCUGAAGCACUGAGUGUCCCAAUAGAGAGAGAAACAGAUUCUGAUCCUACUGAUGAUAGUGGCAGCGAUAGUGUGGAUUAUGAUGACUCCAGCUCUUCAUAUUCAUCCCUUGGUGACUUUGUUAGUGAAAUGAUGAAAUGUGACAUCAAUGGUGAUACUCCAAAUGUUGAUCCACUAACUCAUGCAGCUUUGGGUGAUGCAAGUGAAGUGGAAUUUGAUGACUUUCAGGAGUACUCGGGUGAUAUGGAUGAACCGGCCCCAGACAGUGAAAACUCCCAAGACAACAACCAACCUCGGUCAAGUUCAAGCACUACAGCCAGCAGUAGCCCCAGCACCGUCAUACAUGGGGAAUCUGCUGAUUCAGCUGAGAUGGAGGAGAAGAUGGUAGCUGGAUUUUCAAAUCACCUUCCCAGCUUGCCUUUACAGCCAAACUUUCCCAAGAUGGGUGUGGAUCGUCGCGAGAGUGAAAGUCCUUCUAAUAGUUUGAGCUCUACUGAAGGAAUGGUGAAAAAACGAGAAUAUGAUAACCCAUACUUUGAACCACAGUAUGGGUUCCCCACAGAGGAGGAGGAUGAGGAUGAACAGGAAGAAAGCUAUACACCGAAGUUCAACCAGAACCUCAAUGGGAGUCGGCCUCCGAAGCCUCUGCGUCCCAAUAGUUUAAAAUUAGGAAAUGACUCUGAUGUGGAAUCGGAAUCCCAUGCCAGUUCCCCAAAUUCUACAAUCUCCAACAACAGCAGUGAAGGUUUUGGGGGCAUUAUGUCUUUUGCCAGUAGCCUAUACAAGAACCACAGCACAAGCUUUAGUCUAUCCAAUUUAGCACUUCCAACCAAAGCUGUGAGAGACAAAAACACUCCAUUUCCUAGCCUGAAAGAUUACUUUAAUCUGGAAGUGGGAAGGGAUGUGGAUGAAGUAUUUGGGCUAAAUACUAUAAUGGAGAUUAUUACUGAAGCUGGGCCAGUAAGCAAUGAAGGAAACAGGCGAGCACUCGUGGAUCAAAAGUCUUCUGUUAUAAAGCACAGUCCAACAGUGAAAAGGGAGUCCCCCUCACCACAGGGACGAACCAGUAAUUCCAGUGAGAACCAGCAGUUCUUGAAAGAGGUGGUGCACAAUGUCCUUGAUGGACAAGGAGUUGGUUGGUUGAACAUGAAGAGAGUCCGUCGUCUCUUGGAGAGUGAGCAGCUCCGUGUAUUUGUAUUAAGCAAGCUUAAUCGCACCAUCCAGUCAGAGGAGGAUGCACGACAGGAUGUUGUCCAGGAUGUGGAGAUCAACCGGAAGGUUUAUAAAGGAAUGCUGGAUUUGCUGAAAUGUACUGUAUCAAGCCUUGAGCAGUCAUAUGCAAAUGCUGGACUUGGGGGCAUGGCAAGUGUCUUUGGCCUGCUGGAAAUAGCUCAUACUCACUACUAUAAUAAAGAGCCAGAAAAAAGAAAACGAAGCCCAACAGAUGGAGGAAUCACUCCGGUUGGCAAGGACCCUAUAUUAGCCAUGAGGGUGGAACCGAAACCCAAGGUGCAACUGCCAGUAUCCCAGCUCAUGCCAAGGGCACCAAGCCCUGCAGGGAAAGGGCCGAGGGAGUUUGACACAAGAAGUCUCAAGGAGGAAAAUUUUGUAGCUUCGAUUGAAUUGUGGAACAAGCACCAGGAAGUGACAAAGCAAAAAGCUUUGGAAAAACUGAGAUCGGAAGGUACAAAACACUUCUUUGAUCUGGGAGAGACAGACGAGAAGAAAUCACAGAUCAGUGCAGACAGUGGUUUAAGCUUAACCUCCAGUUCCCAGAAGAGUGAUCUGGAUUCUGUGGCAAGUGUGGGACCUGCUGUUAUGAUCCGAAGCACCAGCCAAGAUUCUGAAGUUAGCACAGUGGUGAGCAACAGCUCUGGAGAGACACUAGGAGCAGAUAGUGAUUUGAGCAGUAAUGCUGGUGAUGGCCUUGGUGGAGAGAGCGGUGGAAACCUGACAGGAUCACGAGGCACUGUAUCAGACAGUGAAAUCGAGACAAAUUCUGCUACUAGCUCUAUCUUUGGCAAGUCUCAUAGCUUGAAGCAGACAGUGAAAGAUAGUAAGUGCAGCAGUCCUGGGAGAGCUCUAGAAGAUGCAAGCCGAGUUUAUCUCUAUGAGGGUCUUCUGGGGAGGGAUAAAGGAUCUGUCUGGGACCAAUUAGAGGAUGCUGCCAUGGAAACCUUCUCUAUGAGUAAAGAACGCUCAACUCUAUGGGAUCAGGUGCAGUUCUGGGAAGAUGCAUUUCUGGAUGCUGUGAUGUUAGAGAGAGAAGGAAUGGGAAUGGAUCAGGGGCCUCAAGAGAUGAUUGACAGAUAUUUUUCUCUAGGAGAACAUGACCGAAAGCGUCUAGAAGAUGAUGAAGACCGUUUAUUGGCUACACUGCUUCACAAUAUGAUAGCCUACAUGCUCAUGAUGAAGGUACAGAAGAAUGAUAUUAGGAAGAAGGUACGCCGUUUGAUGGGGAAGUCUCACAUUGGCCUGGCGCAUAGUCAAGAAAUAAAUGACAUGCUUGACAAAAUUGCUAAUAUAUCUGGCAGGGAGUUCCCAAUCCGACCAAGUGGCAGUAGACACAUCAAGAAGCAAACAUUUGUUGUACAUGCUGGUACAGAUACAACAGGGGACAUCUUCUUCAUGGAGGUAUGCGAUGAUUGUAUUGUGCUAAGGAGCAACAUUGGCACUGUGUAUGAACGCUGGUGGUAUGAAAAGCUCAUCAACAUGACAUACUGUCCUAAAACGAAAGUGCUAUGUCUUUGGAGGAGGAAUGGCCAGGAGACGCAACUGAAUAAGUUCUACACCAAAAAGUGCCGGGAAUUAUAUUAUUGUGUAAAAGACAGUAUGGAGCGAGCAGCUGCAAGACAACAAAGUAUAAAACCAGGGCCUGAACUGGGUGGGGAAUUCCCAGUGCAGGAUAUGAAAACUGGUGAAGGAGGGCUUCUCCAAGUCACACUGGAAGGAAUUAACCUGAAAUUCAUGCACAGUCAGGUUUUCAUAGAGCUGAAUCACAUUAAAAAGUGCAAUACAGUGCGAGGAGUCUUUGUCCUGGAAGAAUUUGUUCCUGAAACUAAAGAAGUGGUGAGCCACAAGUACAAGACGCCAAUGGCUCAUGAGAUCUGCUACUCCGUAUUGUGUCUCUUCUCUUAUGUGGCUGCUGUGCGUGGGAAAGAAGCAGAAAGCAAAAUCAAACCCCCUCGUCCAGUGUCCAGCUGAUCAACUUCAGCAUUGGGAGAUGUGUUGGCGUGUAAUACUCCCCUUUCUAUUCCUGUUACAAGAGCUCACAUAACCACCUCUAAUGAAAACUUGUUUGUUUAUAUAUGAUCCUGCAAGUCCCCUUUACAAAAAAAAUCAAGCCUAACAGUUUGGUCCUGUGCUGAAGCUGUUCUCUAGCAUUUCUGAGUAUUGGCAUUCCUUCUACAACUGAAUGUGGUCUGCUCUGGCUACUCUUUUAAAAUUAGCUUUCCCAGACAAUUAGCUUCCAUGAGGUUCAGCUCUUUUUAUUUGCAGUGGUACUAUUGUUAUUUUCUUUAUUUAUAGACUCAAGCCUCUGUUUUCAGUUUUUCUGUUGUGUGCAGAAUGGAAGCCUGGACUACCCAUUGUUGUUGCUGUUGAAGUGCACUACUCUUCAUUGUUUCCUUCCUUGCUCUCUGUACUUAAGCUUGUCAACAUGGAAUUCCUUCCACUUUGGCCCUUCUUUGUCCUUGACCAUGUCCAACCCAUUCUACUGACAGAUAUGGCUCUUUUGAGAGUGGAAGCAAAUAUAUACAUUAGUCAUCUUCAGAAGAAUGGCGAGAAAUUGUGAUGCAGGAGGAAUUAGGCAAUUCUCUUAAGACUGGUAUGCAUGUACUGUACAUACACUUUUAAACUGGAGGCUACCAUUUGGCUAACAUUCCAGUUGUUCAGUUCACUAGUAGAGUGGUAUAUAGAAUUCUUCAUGGUAAGUGUAUAGAAGUGAGGAAAGGGGGGAAGCAAGCCACCAAGGCAGUGCUAUUGGUGAAAUAUAUGAUCUACUCAUGUAAAACAUGAGUGUUGGGAGCACAUUCUAAUCCUGUUGUAAAUUGUCAGAAACUCAUCAGGUUAUGAAAACGGUUGUGAGGAUGCAAACGUUUGUUAAUAGCACUGCAUAUCCCAGGUCUCCUUUUAGCCACUGCUUCUGUCAAACUGUACAUGUAAAUCAAAGAACUUUGCAAAAACCGUGCUACUGUGCAAUGAAGCCUCCAUUUCAGGUAAAGUAUCCAUUCGACUCUUUAGUUUUAAGUAGGCUAAAAAAUGAAUGUUUCAGAUGUCUCUUAUUUUUCAUGGACUGUACUAGACUCUUAAUGCAAAAAAUGCAACGGGGUACUUAAUGGAGAGGAUCUACAGCAUGUAAUAAACCACAGAACAUCAGGCAAAUGGCUCUGAUUGACGUUUAAUUACCAUAUGAGUUGACAAGGAAUCUUGGCAAUAUGCCUUUAGAAAUAAUUGGGCUUGCUCCAUGCAGCUUGGUCUGUGUGGCAAUUGAAUGGACUGCACUAUGAAGGGGCGGGAGGGGUGGGGGAGAUGUAAAUAUUUCAGUACCACAUCUAUUUAUAGAAAAGUGUACAGUUGUUUGAAUGUGAAAAUAAACUACCGUUAAACCACUAUUGAAUUGACUCUUAU